AUGGAACCCCAGGAGAGUAGUGUCCAGUACAGCAGGUGGAACAACAGCCAGGUUGAGGUCAGCAUGAACAUGCAGGCCUCUGAGAGCUGCUGUGAGUGGAUCUACACCAAACUAUGCACCGGGAAGCUGGGCAUCGCCAUGAAGGUGACAGGCGGGAUCACUGUAUUCUGGAUCAUCUUCAUCAUCGGCUAUGUCACCGGCUACUAUGUCCACAAGUGCAAGUAG